GCCUAGGGUCUAGCACGAGGUAGGGAAAGCUUUGAUACACCACCUUGGCAGUUGCAUUUCGCACCUCUCCACAGUACUACGACCGACCAACCGACCUCAUUUCGACCAUUCAAUCCAACAAGGAGUUUUUGACGUUCGACCUUAGUUGUAACUCUACAUCGCUCAAUUCAAUUUAUUUUUCCCUCUACUUUUUUCUCUAUCAACGACAAUUAAUUAAAUAGAGAAAUAAAAAAGAGGAACGGUUUAGGAAUAAACCGUUCGACGAACGUCGAUGAGAAAAUUAUUCCAUUUAAUCGGUCGCAUGUAGCCAACUAAAUUUCAACCAUGUCUGCCGAAGCGACCGCCGCAAUGGCGUCUGCGCCCAAGACUGAGAUGGUUGAGACUGAAGUCGCAAGCGAUCCUCCGAACAAUAACAACAACAACGAUGCACUUAACAACAAGCAUACCGGCCUUCACUCACCGCCCGAUAGUAACAGCGCAAUGAAGUUGGACGGUAGCGACGAUUCCGAGCUGAGUGAUUUGGACGACCCAGAUCUCAUCGACAUGACCGUCGACAUGGACCUCCACAUUUCGCCCUCUAUACCGCAGAACCAAGAUCAAAAUCAGGAUUCUGACAAUGUUAAACAGGAGGAAGAGGAAGGGGAGGAGGAAGAAGACAUCGGAGAGGUCAUCCCCGACCAUUGGUCCGGUACCGUUCCCGUUUUCAGACCGGAUAUGCAUCAAUUUAAGGACUUUAAGAAAUUUAUGACUAAAGUUGAUUGUUACGGUAUGAAAUCCGGCAUCAUCAAGAUCAUCCCUCCAAAGGAAUGGACGGAUCAGCGUCCCCCUCUUGAUGAAAUGAUCAAGCAAAUCAGGGUCAAAGAGCCUAUUAAACAGGAUAUCAUGGGAUCAAACGGCACUUAUCGACAAGUUAACAUUCUCCAUCAACGAUCUUACAACAUUCCGCAGUGGCGACAACUCUGCGAUCAAAGCGAACAUCAACCGCCUGCUCGACGAGGCGAGAGGCGUGCGCAGGCUCCUUCGAAACCGAAGCCAGCUUCCUCAACUACCACCGAGUCUAAGAGACGCGGGCGGCCAUCUAAAGGAAGAGGGAAACGGGGCGCCGUUAAGGACGCCGCCACCGCCACCGCCGCCGAACAAGAAGACCGACCAAUGACACCUGUCUCUCCUAAACCUAACGAAGAAAUUAUCGAGUCUGUAGAGCAGGACCCGGGCGCUGAUGUGGACGAUGACGAUGGACCCCCUAUUGUUGGUCGGAUGGGUGGCUCUAGGCAGGCUAAACCAAAGACGCAGUCUAUAUCAGCCCGAAGGAAGUACGCGAGGCGAGAAGCAUCAGCUAGGAUCGAUGAAGAAGCCUUCAAGGACUUUGACUACCGUAUGGACAUCUCCGAUUAUACACCCGAGAGAUGUGAGGAACUCGAGCGGAUAUAUUGGAAAACUCUUACAUAUGCUCAGCCCUUGUACGGUGCGGACCUCCCCGGAACUCUAUUCGAUGACGAAUGUGAUGUCUGGAACCUCAAUAGGCUUCCUAACUUACUUGAUGUCCUCGGCACUAAAGUUCCCGGUGUCAACACUGCAUAUCUCUAUCUUGGUAUGUGGAAGGCGACUUUUGCAUGGCAUCUUGAAGACGUCGACUUAUACAGCAUUAACUAUUUGCACUUUGGAGCCCCAAAGCAGUGGUAUAGUAUCUCGCAAGGCGAUGCUCGUCGUUUUGAAGCUGCCAUGAAGAGUAUUUGGCCGACCGAUGCUAAGGCCUGCGACCAGUUCUUACGUCACAAGGCUUUCCUCAUCUCACCGAACCACCUCCAGCAAUACUUUAACAUCAAGGUCAACAAGUGCGUCUCAUACCCUGGAGAGUUUGUCGUCACGUAUCCCUACGGCUACCAUUCGGGGUACAAUCUGGGGUAUAACUGUGCCGAAGCUGUCAACUUUGCCUUGGACUCCUGGAUGCCUAUGGGAAAGAUUGCCAAGAGAUGCGAAUGUGCCCAAGCUCAAGACAGCGUAUGGGUAGACGUAUACGAGAUUGAGCGCAAGUUGAGAGGCGAGGAGACGGACUAUGAAGAAACCGAAGAUGAGGAGGAAGAGGAAGAUGAAGAGGACGAUGAUACUGGCGUUGUUGGUCUAACUCCAAUUUCCUCCCAUACAGUGAGAUUAAAGCAACCUGGGCGAAAACGCAAACGUCUAGCAGCCGGGAAAGGGGAGAAGAGAGCCAAGAAGAUUCGACUCCGUGUCAAAAAUCACAUCGACCCCCCAUGCUGUCUAUGUCCCCAUGAUAUACCCGGCCAAGAGAUACUCUCAACAAGCGAUGGCCGUAGAGCUCAUCGUAUUUGCGCACUUUACGGGCCGGAGACCUGGAUCGAGACGGUUGAAGGAAAAGAAAUCAUCGCUAAUGUAGAGAACAUUAGCAAAGCGUGCGUGGAGCUCAAGUGCUUGUAUUGCCGCUCUAAGAGGGGAGCGUGUUUCCAGUGCUCCCAGAAGAAAUGCGCCCGCUCCUACCACGCCACUUGUGCCGCAGCAGCGGGCGUUAUGGUGGAAGAAGCAGAUGUGCCAAUCUUUGGGGAGGAUGGAACUGAAUACAAGGAACGAGGCUUCGAGUUUAGUUGUCGUUUCCAUCGAACCAAGAGAGACAAGAAAUUGGAUGGUAAUGUGCUAGACGAAUGCCAGAAGACUCGACAUGCAGCCGCUGCUCUCAAAAAGGACGAUAUAUGUCAGUUGCAGUAUUACCGCGGGGAAAUAUUCGCGGGUGUCAUUGUCGAAAACCGGACUGAUGAGCGCACAUUCCUGGUUGACAUUAUUCCUCAUGGGGAUCGUGUCGAAGUUGAAUGGAAAUGGCUUCUUCUCCCGGAUCCAGCCGACUUCCACCUACAGAAGGCGUCUGCUAAUGCUAUCCCUAUGCCUACAUCGCGCAAGGCUAAAGAGCAGAUCAACGCCACCAAGAGGGUCGCAGAGGAAUUACCUCGCGCAGAUGCGCCGUUCGUCGAAGGAUUCACCUGGGCAGAGUUCAACGCAUGCGACUGCACCAAUAAGUUGCAAGCCAAAAUUGAUUUCGCCAAGGACAACCAGAUCUGGUAUUAUCUUGGAAAAAAUUCGACCGAAGCUCGCGCUCAAUACACAGAUGAUCCGAAGAGGCCUAAGCAUAACCCCAAGAGCAACUUUUUGGAGACCAUUCCGCGACCCGCUGUACCUGCAGUUCAACCUCGAAAGUCGUACGGGCCUUCGUUCUCGGUUCAAACACCGAGCACGACAGCUGGGAAAUCCGAUAAGCCGUACCAAUACAAACCAAGAGAACCCGUCGCACCAUCUUACGUUCAUUCUCCCUUCACAGUCCAGCAAUUUGUUCCGAAGCCUCCUCCGUUCACUGCACAUCAAUUCAUCCCGAACCCGUCACCCUUCUCUAUACAACCCACUGCACCAAAGCUAGUCCCGGCGCCCAGACCUCAGCAAAACGUACAGUAUGCACCACAGCAAGUUGUGCCGAAGCAGGCUCCCGCAAUCCAACACACUGAACAGUACUCUUCGCACCAAAUAAUCCCCAAAUCUUCUUCCACCCCUCAAUACGUCAAUCAAUAUUCUCUGCAGCAACCUAUGCACCAGCCGGCUUUUACAGAUCAACAGAAUGGGCAAAUUUCUCAGCAGACGGUACCGAAACCUGAUUCUGCCUCACAGCAGAACGUACAGCACCCAUCUCAUCAUUCCACCCCAAAGCCCGUAUCUACACCUCAGCAAAGCGCACAAUAUACUUCCCAGCAGGCUGUAUCGAAACCAACACCCAUACCUCGACCGACUCCUUCGCAGAACGGACACAAACGGAAUCGGUCAUCGCUCAAUAGUCAGGGCAGCCAAGCAUUGGCGUUUGGUUCGGAUCGUCGAUUUAGAACUCCACCUUUUUCGUACAGAACUAGUCAAAUUGAUUCAGCCGCGAAAUCGCCCUUCAGUCAUGGGUUUAUGCAACCUCCAGGCCUUGGGCCCUCUCCGUCGCCGCAAAAUGGUCAACUUUUCCAGGCUCAAGCUAGGGCUAGGUCGAGUUCGCUGGCUUCUAAUCGUUCAUACGAUACACCGAUGACUUCAUCCGCUAUUCGACCCCCUUCUUCUGCGUCUGCUCAAGGGACAAUUGGAGAACCCCAAGCCCUCCAACAACAGAACGUCGUCAAACAGCCACGACCCAAUAUUGUCCAGAAAUAUGCAUUUUUCCAGGUCCAUCACAACAGGGAUUCCACAAAAUACAGAACGCCGUACGCUCACUGGGGAGGGUUUACUAAUGGAUAUGAGGGCAACCUUCGAGCUCACUUGAUGAGAUCCCCCGAAGCAUUGUUCGAUAUUAGAAGGCGCUCUACAGGAUUCGCUACUAGUACGCCUAGCCUAAGCCCGGCUCCCCGAAUUCCGUUUAGCAAUGGUUCCGAGAAUAAGGAGACUCAUAAUCCGGUGUUGCAAUCGGGCCAUCACGAUCCUUCUCGUCAAGCAGCCCCUUUGCCUUACUCCGCGUCUCCUAAUCCAUUUACCACACCGAAAACAUCUUCGCCUAUUACAGAUGAUUCUAACCAGCAAUUAAUAUAUGCACCAAAUGCGUCGGAUUCGAACCAAGAACCUAUAGCACAGUUGCAUCCCGCGAUUCGAGCUCAGUAUGCUGCCAUGUUACAGAGGAGCAGCCUGGAGGUUCAUCUGCCUCAAAGCCAGCAGACUCCUCCCGAGGACCGCCCAGCUGCACCAAAUCAACAGUCGGCACCGGACUUUUCAACAUAUUCACAACCCCCUGCAAAUUUAACGCAUAUGCCAGUGCCUUCAGAUACUCAAUCUAUAACAGAUAGUCGUAUUCCAUCACAUUCGACCCUGGACAACAAAGUGCCUUCUUUAACAAACUCAAGUUCCACGGCAAUGACCUACGCGCCCAAGCAAACAUACAUACCCCCUCCUCGACCAUGGGAGGCAAUAAGAAAGACGCAGGUCACGGCCCAACCUAAUCCACAACCACCUAAUCCGUACUCAGCUUUAGAUGCUGUAGCUCCCGCCGUACCUGAUCCGCCUCCUUUUCUAAACGCGCCGGGUCCGUUUAUGAAUGAUGGGUUUGGAAACCCAAGGCACAUGGCAGACCCAGGGCUUCAGCCCAGCAAUCGUCAAUCCAGCCAGUCACGAGAAUUCGUACAGACUUUACAACCAACCACUAUUCAUCAACUACGAACCGCCACAGAGAAUUUUUCGGCAUCAGAAAUUCAGCAGGAAUCAACGGAACUAGCACAACCAGCCACAACAGUGAAUACCCUCGCACCGGUACUCGUGCCAUCUUCAGCCGCGGCUACGAAUGAUCUUCCAGAGGUACCGGACGACUCGAUGGAGUUGAUCGAGAGCAUCAUCAGGGAUGCUCGUAGAAUAAGUGAUACGUAUAGCGGUCCUGCGGGCGGCAACGUUUAAGUUGUUGCUUGCGGGGUGCAGAUGGGACGGCAGGCGCACGGGCAACGAAGGUAACGACAACCAUGAUGCGACAGUUACUCGGAAUGGUAUGUACUGUUCGGCGGAGUUUGGCGUUAAUUAAGCAAGACCUUUUCUCUGCGGAGCUCUAGGGAGAUCUGCAUUUCUUUUCGACUAAUAACCUGACCAUUAGACCUAGUGCCUGCAUAGGCUUGUUAUUUUUCGUGGGGUAGCACGCAUAGGGUUUAUGGGACAGGGCUGACAUCUUUUCAUACCUCGGAUUCGUGGACACGAACGAGACUUAUAUGCGACAGGCGGAUAGGGAUCUCGAGGAACAGUGCAGGUGUAUACUAUGGGAGGUUAAGGCGAACAAGCUUGUGUGACACGUGUAAGGAUUUUUUUCUGUUUGUAGUGACUCAACCGCGAUGGUUUCGACAGAGCUUGAUUUUUAAAGCAGUAGUAUUAGUGGUGUGAGAUCUAAAGAAUGCCUACUUGCUGCUCUACACAUCGGCUCUUACUGUCCCCCAAUGAGCAGAUACUGCUUUACUUUAUUAAUGAAUAAACUUGGGUGAUGAAUAUAUAUGCUUUUAUUAAGUCAA